GCGACUCCAACAUCGUACUUGUACCCCACAGCUUCGACUUCACAAUCGCAGCAUCUCUUCCCAAAUUUCAAGAUGCCUCAAGCUCAGCCAGAGCUGAAGAAGGUAUAUAUCCCUCCCGAAACACUGUUUUCACCAGCUUGCCCUUACCGCGGCAGGCUGAAUCGCAGAACGCGAUAAUGUUGACAAUGCACUCAUUCAAGGAAUAGAAUAGCUAACACAUUGUCGCAGUACCUCGACAAAAGGCUCUUUGUGCAGCUGAACGGAAGUCGAAAGGUUAUUGGCGUGCUGAGAGGUUACGAUGUGUGUUGUGUUCUACCCCGCGGUGAGAGCUGGGCUAAUGAUCGGUGGAUAGGUCUUUUUGAACAUUGUGCUGGAUGAUGCAGUUGAGGAGAAGGAUGGAGGAGAGAAGGUCAAAUUAGGCAUGGUGGUUAGUUUCCUCUUGAGUUUGAAAUUGAGUGGGAUGGUGGCUAAUGACUUGACAGGUUAUUCGAGGAAAUUCCGUUGUUAUGCUCGAGGCUUUGGAGAGAAUUGGAGGCGGUCGAGAAGACAGAAAUUGAUUUACCUGAGUAUACGAAAUCUACAUGAACGCAUACACUCGAUGGGAAAAGGAGCAAUCAAAAGUUUCGCAUUUGAAGGGCGGAUAUGGCGUUCUUCCGGUCUAUGCAAUCAAAUACCAUACUUCACGUCAAUCUGGGCUAGGGCAUUCAAAGCUAUAUUUAUUUUGAAUUUUGAUUGCCAUUGAGGUACUCGAGAUACUAUGGCUCGAAAAGUCGGUCCUUCUCAUAGGAUGGAGCUGUUUGGAAGGACCAAGAUUGGGGCAAUUGGAUGUCAACAGAAAAGGCAUACAAUGGAGCCAGGCCACCGAACUUCUCGUGCUUGACAACCAAGGCCAAAUUCUUCGCUAAGCAAAAAAGAAGAGCUCUCCUCGUCACCUCCUAAAGAAUCAUUUCAUUCUUUCCAAAUCUUUAUCCGAAAAAGCGGAGUUUUUCACUUCUCGUAACUGUCCAGGAUACAAGAAUCAAAAAGCCUCUCACCCACCCUAACACCCCAAAUCCCACAUCCCCUCCUCAAACCCCUCCAUAAACCCCCCCUGAAACUCCCUGACCCAGCCCU